CUCCCUCAAAAAAAAAAAAAAAAUCAUAAUAAAAGCUUGUCUGUCUGGUUUGGACACAUUUUUGGUCAGUUCUGGAGUGAUUGCCUCUCCCUCCAGGCUGCCUUUUUUCCGGUGUAGUCAGAGACAAUAGGUUGCACACAAGAAUUACAGUUAUGCACACAGUGGACACAGUGGACACAGCCACCUCCUUUCUCCGCCUGUUAUCAGCGGUAGUUUGAGAGCAAGCAAAAGGAGAGAGGAACCGCCUAUUGCUGUAAAAAGUUCUUCCCACCGCCCGGAAGGGACAAAGUCUGUACGUAACCAACGCAGAGUAUACAUAGAGUCAAGUGGACGCGAUUUUACUUCAACGGGAGGAUUACCAAAGUUUGUAUUUUUCUACCGGAUGGCUCCACCGCUGAGAUGCAGCAUUUUUAUCCUGCUGGCGUUUUUUCUAACGCUUGUUCCCAUGGUGACAGAAGGAAAAGGGUCAGUGUUACAGAGACAGAAAAGAGAAUGGAUCACAGCUCCCAGACAACUGCAUGAGAACCGAGAUUACACCGGCUUGGCGAGUAUCGCUAAAAUUCGCUCUGAUAAGGAGAACUUCACAAAGAUAUUGUAUUAUCUAUCGGGGCCUGGUGUUGACCAGCCCCCUAAAGGAAUAUUUGGUGUCGAUGUUAACACUGGCUUUGUGAAAGUCUAUUCCAUUCUGGACAGAGAAGUGACCCCCUUCUUUCAUUUAAAAGGUGUGGCAAAAUUCACCAACGGGAGCCGUGCUGAAAACGAUAUUGAUCUUAAAAUUACUGUUUUGGAUGACAAUGACUGUCCACCGGUCAUUAUAGCACAACAAGUCGGAUCUGUUUAUGAAUCAAGUGAAGCAGGUACUGUUGUGAUGAAAGUGAUAGCUACUGAUGCUGAUCAAGAAAAAACGCUCAACUCUCAGAUUGUCUACAGAAUUUUGAGUAACACGGCUGGGAUGUUCACGAUCAACUCUCAGACUGGAGAAAUCCUGGUUCGACAGAACACUCUGGACAGGGAGAAACAAGAUACAUAUACGUUGACUAUACAAGCUUCAGACUUGGGUGGACAACCUGGUGGAAAUACAGGAACGGGAGAAGUUGUGAUCAAACUUAUGGAUAUAAAUGACAAUAUUCCAACCCUGGAAAAAGAAUCGUAUGAAGGGAGUGUGCAGGAGAACACUGUCAAUGUGGAAGUAAUGAGGAUUAAAGCCGUUGACAUGGAUCUGAUUCACACUGACAACUGGCUGGCUGUCUAUGAAUUUGUAUCAGGGAAUGAGGCAGGCUAUUUCACCAUCACUACAGAUUCCAAGACCAAUGAAGGAAUUAUCAUGAUCAACAAGGCCUUGGACUAUGAGGAACUAAAGAUGCUUAACUUGGAGGUGGCUGUUUCCAACAAAGCAGAUUACAAUGUGAUUGGGCCCAUACCCCAAAAACCUUACCCUAUUAAAAUCAAUGUGAUCAAUGAAAAAGAAGGCCCCCGAUUCCAACCAACUGUCAAAGUAGUGACUCUCUCUGAGGACCACACCUCUGUCUCCAUCAACGAAGUCAUCGCCAACUACGCGGCUAUUGACAGUGACACGCUAAAGACGGCCACCAACGUACGGUAUGCUAAAAUCAAAGAUGAUGACAACUGGUUGUUCAUUGAUGAGAAGACAGCGGAUAUCAGGCUGAGAAAACUGCCUGACCGAGAGUCCAAGUUCUUGAUCAAUGGAACAUAUUAUGCAGAAAUUAUAUGUACCAGCAAAGAGACACCCUCAAAAACCGCCACAGGGACUAUAGCCAUUCAGGUGGAGGACUUUAAUGAUCACUGUCCAAAACUGACUGCUACAACUCCGACCAUGUGCCUCGACAAUGAAGUGAUCUAUGUUACGGCCGUAGACGAAGACGAAUUCCCAAACUCUGAACCAUUUGAGUUCAGUGUAAUUGAGGGGGGUAGCAAGACAAAAUGGACAGUGGAGCAUCUUAAUGGAACCACGGCCAUUCUGCGGGACCAUGCCAAAUUGUGGCCAGGUACAUACAAAGUGUUGGUGGAGGUCAAAGACCAGCAGGGAAAGUCAUGUGCUGAUGUCCAGAUUAUGGAUGUAACUGUGUGUACUUGUGAUGACGCCACUAAAACCUGUAUCACCCGCACUACAAAGACUGCGCAUUUUGGAGCUUCAGGUGUCCUGCUCAUGCUCCUGGGACUGCUGCUUCUGCUCUUGCUGCCCCUCCUGCUGCUGUUCUGCCUGUGUGGAGGUGCCGCAGGAAUUGGAGAUUUCAAGGCCAUUCCAUUUGAUACGAAACAACAGCUCAUCUCUUAUCACACUGAGGGGCAGGGAGAAGACAAGGAAGUUCCUCUUCUACAUGCCCCAGUGGAUCUUGGUGGUGGCUCGAUGAAUGCCAAAAACGUCAAUACAUUUGACGAAAAGGGGUACCUGGGAGGAAUGGCUGAAUUAGGAGGUGCAGCAGGUGCAGGAGCAGCCUUGGGUGGCGCCAUAAAUCAAUCCACCUUGACCACCGAAAACAUGCACCUGUACAACCAGUAUAACCAGUCUGGUGGGCAGGUGGGAAUGGACUUCAGAGACGCUGGUGGGAUGAUGACAGGACAAGAAAAUCUUUAUUCCAGAUACAGGACUGGGGCCUUUGAUGGCAUGGCUCUCUCUGAUCAGUUCCUGUGGGAUUAUUAUUCAACUAAAUCUAACCAUGCCGCACUCCAGUCCCAGCAGAAGGAUGGUCUGCUGGUCUAUGACUAUGAGGGUCAAGAGUCCCUGGCGGGUUCUGUAGGCUGCUGCAGCCUUCUUGAGAAUGAUAAUGACCUUGCCUUCCUCGAUGACCUUGGGCCUAAAUUCAAAACCCUAGCUGAGAUUUGUCAGGGGUCAGCCUUGUUGACUGAGUCUGUAGAUGCAGGAGUUUCUAUCUCUCCACCCAGACCAGUAUCUUUUGACUGGCCCUCCACCUCCACCCACACACACAUCAGUACUCACACAGAAACGGUCAGGGACAGGGACCAUGUCAAUAUAAACACCCUCAACACCUCCAAUGUAGCAUCUGGAUCCUCCACCAUAGUGCAGGAGGAGAAAAUCACUGAGAGUGCUGAGGCUUCAGCCACUGUUCCCAGGGUUCAUGUCCAGGACAAAAUUGUGAUUCCCAGUCAGACGCUGCUCGUACAGCAGCCUGGUAUGUACUAUGCUGCCACGCCCAUGUAUGUUGUCGAUCCAAAGCCCCAAAUGGUGCUUGUGGCAGGGGGCACCCAGCAGGCAGUGGGUCAAGUAGGCCAUGCUGGGAUAAGUCAGGGUGUGGUCCAGGUUGGUGGCCUGCAAGGUUCUCAGGGUGUAGUCCUUGUAGAUAGGCAAGUAGGAAUGGGAGGAGUGACUGGGCAGCUGGUACAAGGCCUCUCACAAGGAACCCUCUCCAGGUCCAGACAAGUGUUGGUGGUGGAGAAUGGGUCCUCAGGUGGAGAGCAAGGUGUGCACUUAGCACAGGGUUUUGGUCAGACAGUACAUGGCUUUGCAGAGCAGGGUUUGGAUGUCAGAGGUCGAGGUUUGAAGACUCAGACUCAGAGUUUUUCACUGGCUUCAGGCGGUUCUACAGGUUCAAAUGAGGACUUUGCUCUGACAGCCACACCCAAAUUGCAUGGAAGCCAGAAAGUGGUUGUGCAACGCAAGAAGGUCUCUGUCACAGAGAGAAAUGUUUAAUCUGGUACAAGAGCAUUAAGCAAUCCUUUUGCUCUGCAUAUGCACAAAAUAUACACUGAAAUAUAUAGUCUCAGCAAAACCUAAUAUAUAUUUCAGUAUACUAAAAUAUAUUACAGUAUAUAUGUGUUCAUACAGAUGGAUUGUGAUAAAUUUGGGUAAAACUGGUAAAAGGUGAGUUAAGUCUGUAUGACCAAAAGUGCAAUACUGUAAGUCUUCUAGAGAUAACACGACUGCUCAUAGUAGUUUGCAUUGGAUUUCCAUACUAAUGCUGUUUAAGGAAAUGACUGCCAGUGUUGAUACCAAACACUGCAUUCAUUUCUCAUAUUACUUGAUGCAAUUAGGCUCUGCCAGCAGUAGUUGUUUUCCUGUACUACACAGUGUUUGAGUAAAGCACAGAAUAGGGACAAAGAGGCAUUACAUGAAUUCUAUUGUUACGCCCCAGCAAAUGGAAAACCUUUGCACAAAAUUAGGUGUGAUUCCCCUGUAACUCUACACCCAAGAAUGACCACUGAGGCACUAUAUGACAACUCCGAAGAAGCACUGUGUUUAUUUCAGGUGCAAAACUAUCAUGACUUCAGGGAGGAGCAGCCAAAGUAAAUACCACAGCACUAAACAGUAAAUACUCUGACCUUCUCUCAAUAAGAGAAACUGGAAAAACAGAGUACAAACAAAAAGGUUAUCCACCCCUAUAGCUAUGAUUGCAGCUGCAGUAUGUCAGUGUAUAGCUCAAAGUUUCACAAGUUUGUUAUAAUGUAUCUAGAAAAUUAUGUAAAGGCCAAAUAUCUCAGCAGUGGGUAAAUAGUCAUGUCAUUGGUAUGGAUUAAAAUCGUAUUUUUGCUCUUCUAGAUAAAAUAAGAAAAACACAAAACAUGGUGCUCAUGGACCCCUCAUUUAUAGUCACUUGCCAAAAGUCCUGUUGAAAUGACUGUAAUUAUACCGUUAGUAGUUAGUCUUGAGAGGCACUAUGAUUUUGAGAGUAACUAAAGAUGAGAUUAAGUUUCUGUAACUACUUUAACAUCGCAUGUAGGCCUUGAACAUGAGAUGAUGUGUUUUGAGGACAGUGUUUUCAUGGUGUUUUUUGGGUUGUAUUUCAUAAUAUUUUAGCUUUAGCCAUGUCGUAAGCAGCUCUGCUGACCUUUAGAUUGCUGAAGUUAUACUGUAACUAUUCAGGAGCUGUUAAAUGAGUUGCAUGAGCUUGGAACAUAGAUAAAUGCUGUUUGUACUGUAGACCUGGUGAAAGCACAGAAGAACUAAAGCCAAAGUGUUUGAGUGAUUUAGUGCACCAAUAUGGGAGCAGACUGCUUUUUUAUCAACAGACAACACAGUCAGCAAAAAUUUUCAAUUUUAUUUUUGCACUGUUUUUAUUAAUUCUACAGAAUAUAUGUGGUUUUCUGAAAAGUACUCUUGCAGUAUGCUAAGUGUUAACUCCAAAAGUGCCAAAACUGUUAAAAAUGUGUACAGUAGCUGAUGUCCCUGUUUUUACGAAUGUAUAUUGCGCCAUAAUUACCAGAUAGGCUUUUAAUACGCUGUUUUUAUUGUGUGUUUAUGUGUUUGUAUAGAGGUAGCCUAAUUUGGGUUUGUGGUGUAUUCGAGAAUGAGCUUGCCAAGCACUGAAAACAUGUGGUGAACUGAUAUUUCUGUUCUAGCUUUCUGUUCUGUCUGUUGUCACCUGUAGUUUCUAAAAUGCAAUAUGAAUAUAGCAUAGAUUGCAUUGGAACAGUGCAACACUAAAGCAGCACUAUUAGACAGAUAAGGAUUUCCUCUUUUUUUAAGUUUUGCACCUCCUGUUGUGAUAAAAUUGAAUUUUAAAAAAGCAGUUGUAUUGACCCAUAUUUCCAAAUUUCAAAUAUGUUUUAUUUAAAAUGUAUGAGAAUAGCAGAGGAAAAAUGUAACUGGAUGAUACUGCAUGUAGUGUGUAGGUUUAAAGACAUCUUUACUGGUGCAAUGUUUCCGUCAUCUAGCUUUCAACAGGAACGGCAUCAUUCAAAUAAACUGUGUAUUUGUUUGCACUGCAAAUCAGAUGUAAACAAAUACAUCCUUUCUAUAAGAAAGUACUGUUUCCAAAAGGGUUUUAUAUUGUUUUAAAGAUCCGGUGUGUAAGAUUCAGGGGUAUGUAUUGGCUGAAAUCGAAUGUAAUAUCAUAAGUAUAUUUUCUUAAGUACAUGAUCUCAUGGAAAUAAGAAUUUUGUUUUUCCUAUGUACCUUAGAAUGAGUGGUAUAUAUCUGUGUAGGGAGCGGGUUCUUGUUUGUGGAGAUCGUCAUGUUCACUGCCAUGUUUAUACAGUAGCCCAGGAUAAACAAACCAAACACUGGCUCCAGAUAGGUCAUUCAUGUAUUUGUGUUGGCCUUCAAGCAGUGUAAAAAAAAAAGAAAAAAAAACCCCAACACUGAUAUGUAACGUUAAACUGCGUUAUUAAUUGUUUUUACCUGUUUAAGUCACUGGGUUUGCUUGUAGUGGAGAUGAGGAGACAUUUGCCAAAUCACAUCAGGGAAAAACUCAUUUGUAACAUAAAACUGAUUUAUUGCAUGUUUUUACCCAUUUUAAUCACCCGAUCUAUUUGUUUUUGAGAGAAAGAGACCACUGUGGAUAAUUCUGCUACCAGUGAAAACCUCCUGAACAUUAAACACUGCAGGAAUUUUA